CGAUACUUCAGAGAAGCUUGGAUUCGUCUCUCAUUCAGUUUAAGCAAGCACAACUGAAUACAUCGCAACAACUCGUAUCAUGAGAAAAACGACGCCUUUCUUCCUCUUGGUGGCAUCCUUCCUGCUGCUGUUGCAUGGUAGCCGGGCUGACCAUGAGCACAGUCAUGUACAGAAUGACAUUCCUGACCAGCCUCAUCUCAAAGAGGAAGUAAAAGAAUUCAACAAGCAGGUUGUGAAAACGCCAGAAGAUGAUAAUAACAUAGGGCAAACUCCUGUUGGAAAAACAAUUAUCUCUAAACAAGCAUCAAGUGAUAUCAGAAAGAACAGUUCACCGAAACGACGUGAAACUAAGGUUACCCGCCGACAUCUUGCCAGAGAUGAUACCCGACGCAUGGAUCGCGGCUCUGUUUCUUCUGAAAGACGUGAAACCAGCGACACACGCCGACAACUUGCCAGAGAUGAUACCCGACGCAUGGAUCGCCGCUCUGUUUCUUCAGAAAGACGUGAAACCAGCGACACUCGCCGACAACUUGCCAGAGAUGAUACCCGACGCAUGGAUGGCCACUCUGUCUCCCUUGAACGACAUGAAACCCGAGAUACUCGCCGACAACUUGCCAGAGAUGAUACCCGACGCAUGAAUCGCCGCUCUGCUUCUACUGAAAGACGCGCAACCCCCGAUACUCGCCGACAACUUGCCAGAGAUGAUACCCGACGCAUGGAUCGCCGCUCUGUCUCCCAUGAACGACGUGAAACCAGCGAUACUCGCCGACAACUUGCCAGAGAUGAUACCCGACGCAUGGAUCGCCGCUCUAUCUCCCUUGAACGACGUGAAACCAGCGACACACGCCGACAACUUGCCAGAGAUGAUACCCGACGCAUGGAUCGCAGCUCUGUCUCCCUUGAACGACGUGAAACCCGUGAUACUCGCCGACAACUUGCCAGAGAUGAUACCCGACGCAUGGAUCGCCGCUCUGUCUCUCUUGAACGACGUGAAACCAGCGACACUCGCCGACAACUUGCCAGAGAUGAUACACGACGCAUGGAUCGCCGCUCUGUCUCCCUUGAACGACGUGAAACCAGCGACACUCGCCGACAACUUGCCAGAGAUGAUACACGACGCAUGGAUCGCCGCUCUGUUUCUUCUGAAAAACGUGAAACCCGCGAUACUCGCCGACAACUUGCCAGAGAUGAUACCCGACGCAUGGAUCGCCGCUCUGUCUCUCUUGAACGACGUGAAACCAGCGAUACUCGCCGACAACUUGCCAGAGAUGAUACCCGUCGCAUGGAUCGCCGCUCUGUCUCCCUUGAACGACGUGAAACUAGAGAUACUCGCCGACAACUUGCCAGAGAUGAUACCCGUCGCAUGGAUCGCCGCUCUGUCUCCCUUGAACGACGUGAAACCAGCGAUACUCGCCGACAACUUGCCAGAGAUGAUACCCGACGCAUGAAUCGCCGCUCUGUCUCCCUUGAACGACGUGAAACCAGCGACACUCGCCGACAACUUGCCAGAGAUGAUACCCGACGCAUGGAUCGCCGCUCCGUCUCCCUUGAACGACGUGAAACCAGCGAUACUCGCCGACAACUUGCCAGAGAUGAUACCCGUCGCAUGGAUCGCCGCUCUGUCUCCCUUGAACGACAUGAAACGCGGGAUACUCGCCGACAACUUGCCAGAGAUGAUACCCGACGCAUGGAUCGCCGCUCUGUCUCCCUUGAACGACGUGAAACGCGGGAUACUCGCCGACAACUUGCCAGAGAUGAUACCCGACGCAUGGAUCGCCGCUCUGUCUCCCUUGAACGACGUGAAACCAGCGAUACUCGCCGACAACUUGCCAGAGAUGAUACCCGACGCAUGGAUCGCCGCUCUGUCUCUCUUGAACGACGUGAAACCAGCGAUACUCGCCGACAACUUGCCAGAGAUGAUACCCGUCGCAUGGAUCGCCGCUCUGUCUCCCUUGAACGACGUGAAACCCGAGAUACUCGCCGACAACUUGCCAGAGAUGAUACCCGACGCAUGGAUCGCCGCUCUGUCUCCCUUGAACGACGUAAAACCCGAGAUACUCGCCGAGAACUUGUCAGAGAUGAUACCCGACGCAUGGAUCGCCGCUCUGUCUCCCUUGAACGACGUGAAACCCGCGAUACUCGCCGACAACUUGCCAGAGAUGAUACCCGGCGCAUGGAUCGCCGCUCUGUCUCCCUUGAACGACGUGAAACACGCGAUACUCGCCGACAACUUGCCAGAGAUGAUACCCGUCGCAUGGAUCGCCGCUCUGUCUCCCUUGAACGACGUGAAACUCGAGAUACUCGCCGACAACUUGCCAGAGAAGAUACACGACGCAUGGAUCGCCGCUCUGUCUCCCUUGAACGACGUGAAACCAGCGAUACUCGCCGACAAUUUGCCAGAGAUGAUACCCGUCGCAUGGAUCGCCGCUCUGUCUCCCUUGAACGACGUGAAACCAGCGAUACUCGCCGACAACUUGCCAGAGAUGAUACCCGACGCAUGGAUCGCAGCUCUGUCUCCCUUGAACGACGUGAAACUAGAGAUACUCGCCGACAACUUGCCAGAGAUGAUACCCGACGCAUGGAUCGCCGCUCUGUCUCCCUUGAACGACGUGAAACCAGCGAUACUCGCCGACAACUUGCCAGAGAUGAUACCCGACGCAUGGAUCGCCGCUCUGUCUCCCUUGAACGACGUGAAACCCGAGAUACUCGCCGACAUCUUGCCAGAGAUGAUACCCGACGCAUGGAUCGCCGCUCUGUCUCCCUUGAACGACAUGAAACCCGUGAUACUCGCCGACAACUUGCAAGAGAUGAUACCCGACGCAUGGAUCGCCGCUCUGUCUCCCUUGAACGACGUGAAACCCGAGUUACUCGCCGACAACUUGCCAGAGAUGAUACCCGACGCAUGGAUCGCCGCUCUGUCUCUCUUGAACGACGUGAAACCAGGUAUACUCGCCGACAACUUGCCAGAGAUGAUACCCGACGCAUGGAUCGCCGCUCUGUCUCCCUUGAACGACGUGAAACCCGAGAUACUCGCCGACAACUUGCCAGAGAUGAUACCCGACGCAUGGAUCGCCGCUCUGUCUCCCUUGAACGACGUGAAACCCGCGAUACUCGCCGACAACUUGCCAGAGAUGAUACCCGUCGCAUGGAUCGCCGCUCUGUCUCCCUUGAACGACGUGAAACGCGGGAUACUCGCCGACAACUUGCCAGAGAUGAUACCCGACGCAUGGAUCGCCGCUCUGUCUCACUUGAACGGCGUGAAACCAGCGAUACUCGCCGACAACUUGCCAGAGAUGAUACCCGACGCAUGGAUCGCCGCUCUGUCUCCCUUGAACGACGUGAAACCCGAGAUACUCGCCGACAACUUGCCAGAGAUGAUACCCGACGCAUGGAUCGCCGCUCUGUCUCCCUUGAACGACGUGAAACCAGCGAUACUCGCCGACAACUUGCCAGAGAUGAUACCCGACGCAUGGAUCGCCGCUCUGUCUCCCUUGAACGACGUGAAACACGCGAUACUCGCCGACAACUUGCCAGAGAUGAUACCCGUCGCAUGGAUCGCCGCUCUGUCUCCCUUGAACGACGUGAAACCAGCGAUACUCGCCGACAACUUGCCAGAGAUGAUACCCGACGCAUGGAUCGCGGCUCUGUCUCCCUUGAACGACGUGAAACCAGCGAUACUCGCCGACAACUUGCCAGAGAUGAUACCCGACGCAUGGAUCGCCGCUCUGUCUCCCUUGAACGACGUGAAACCCGAGAUACUCGCCGACAACUUGCCAGAGAUGAUACCCGUCGCAUGGAUCGCCGCUCUGUCUCCCUUGAACGACGUGAAACCAGCGAUACUCGCCGACAACUUGCCAGAGAUGAUACCCGACGCAUGGAUCGCCGCUCUGUCUCCCUUGAACGACGUGAAACGCGGGAUACUCGCCGACAACUUGCCAGAGAUGAUACCCGACGCAUGGAUCGCCGCUCUGUCUCCCUUGAACGACGUGAAACGCGGGAUACUCGCCGACAACUUGCCAGAGAUGAUACCCGACGCAUGGAUCGCCGCUCUGUCUCCCUUGAACGACGUGAAACCAGCGAUACUCGCCGACAACUUGCCAGAGAUGAUACACGACGCAUGGAUCGCCGCUCUGUUUCCCUUGAACGACGUGAAACCCGAGAUACUCGCCGACAACUUGCCAGAGAUGAUACCCGACGCAUGGAUCGCCGCUCCGUCUCCCUUGAACGACGUGAAACCAGCGAUACUCGCCGACAACUUGCCAGAGAUGAUACCCGACGCAUGGAUCGCCGCUCUGUCUCCCUUGAACGACGUGAAACCCGAGAUACUCGCCGACAACUUGCCAGAGAUGAUACCCGACGCAUGGAUCGCCGCUCCGUCUCCCUUGAACGACGUGAAACUAGAGAUACUCGCCGACAACUUGCCAGAGAUGAUACCCGACGCAUGGAUCGCCGCUCUGUCUCCCUUGAACGACGUGAAACCCGAGAUACUCGCCGAACACAAUAUAGUGGUUUCCAAGGUCAUGGAUUAGUCCGUGUCUCCGUCCAAAAAGUCAUUUCUAGAGCCCGUCUCUCCCAUCGGAUUUCCACCCUACAGAAAGGUUCGACUGAAUCACUAUCUCCACUGCAACCCGUCCAGCAUCAGCUAUUGCAUGAACCACUCCAUGAACAAAUAGACCAACACACUUUCAGCGAGACAGACGCCUCUGCAAAUGAAAACGGCUACUUUGGACUCCACAUCUUAGCGUCCGUCUUUCAGAAAACCCAGGAGAAAAUGCUGUCAUCAUCAUUGUUUAACGUACUGAAAGGAAAGGAGAACAUGUUGCCAGGCAAUGACUCCAUAGCACGUGCAGUAAUUCUUGGAAUGGUUGGUCUCCUAGCAACAGGUUCCGGAAAACGUAAUAAAAUGGAAGCUUGAGGAAUAAUCCAUUGUGACCAAAAGACUCUUAGCUUCCGUCUUUGUAUAGUUCCCAUGCAGACGUGCGAUGGUUGUGUCUUUGGGCACUGUGUAUUUCGACGCAUUCACCAUCGCAUUUGCACCACAAAACCGCAGGCAGAGAUGUCCAAUUAUGCAUCCACAGAUGUAAUGUUGACAUAAUCGUGUGUUACAUCUUCACUACCCUGCAAUAGUUCUUACUGCUGAUGUCAAUAAACGACUUGAGCGUUUCAGAAGAGCGAUGUGGCUGUCUUCAGUCAAAUGCCGUCGAUGUUCAAAACAUACAAAAAUAUUUUUUUACAAGACACGUUCAUCAACCUAUGUAUUUUGUAUAAGGGAACAUUGAUUUUUCAAUGAAAAUUUCUUUUUGCCACAGUUUGUAUGCAAUAAGUUUGUUAUUGGUCUCACUUGACAAAAGUUGAAUUGCCAACCCUUCAAAGACUGGAAUAACCAUUUUGUGAAGUCUUAACAGAUCAUUUUCCACUUCAAAAGAGAUUACGGUUUUGUAAUAAUUCACCCCCUCGGUGGAUGCCCAUGCAUUAGGCUGACGUUUAUGAUACACAUACAUUACACUGACAUUGGCUUAUCUUGGAAGUAUGAAUUGUUGUCUGUAUAUAGCCCAGCAUUUACUUCCCAAACCUUAGU